AUGGUGGCAGUGUCGGGGAAGGGUGCGGAUAUGCCCGCAGUGUCCGAUCACGGAGCGCCCCAAGGCAUCCGGCAAGGGAAGAAGCGUGGACAAAAUCUGAACCACCUGCUUUCCUUUACGCUGCCGCCCCGUGAGGCGCCGCCGAGCGGCCCGAGACGCACUCGGCGCGCCGAUGGGAGCAAGCCGUUUAGUCGUGAGCGCUACGUCCAUUGCCAGUACCGCUUUGUGAUGAGAUCCACGUACGACGGCUCGGCGCAGCUCGCGGAUGCGAGCGUCCCGCUGCCAUGGCCAGACGUUGCGCAAGUGAUUGUCCAUGCGGGUGCAGACGUAUGUGAGGCGGGCGCGAGCAGUGCGGCACCGCGUCUAGGGCUGCCGAAUGGUGGCGAAAAGAUGGUAUGCCCUAUUUGUCUUUCGCCACCGACAGCGGCGCGCAUGACGCGGUGCGGGCAUGUAUACUGCUACCCCUGUAUACUGCGCUUUCUCAUGAUGAAGGAGGGAAAGGGGAAUAGGAAUGGCGUGCCGCAGCACCAGAGCAAGCGAUGCCCCAUCUGUGGCGACGAAAUGCAUCCAAAAGACCUGAAAGGGGUCCAUUGGAUAGACACAAGAGCCGCCGCUGCGCAGUAUACACCCACGCAUCAGCCCAGUGUAGGCGCAGCAGAGACGUGCAGCAUUUUAACGAUGCGUCUUGUAGAGCGGCCGCACGAGUCGAUGCUCGCUUUGCCGAGAUCGCGGUACUGGCCGCUCUCGACGCAUGCAAUCAAGGCGCUGUUUGCGCGAAAGAACGGUGUAUACUGCUUCCAGCCCGACGUACUUACCUAUGCGCGUGUAUCGCUAGCCACGCCGCACUUCUUGCUUGCAUCGCUCGACCGGGACAUUGCGCAGAUCGACGAGGAGAUGAGCGCCGAGCAGCAAUUCCAGCCGGACGCGCUCAGUACGGCGUCCAUGCAACUGGCGCGGCGCCAGCUGAUCGAUGCCAAGGAAGUUACUUCGGCCGCAUUGGAUGAGCGAAACGGCACACUAGACGCGGCGAUCAAAGAAGUGGAUAUGCUCUCGCAUGUGUCUCCCAGCCCAGUGGAGCCCCUGCAGUCCUACUAUUACUACCAGGCAGCGUCGGGCCUCAACAUCUUCUUGCAUCCCCUCGAUAUCAAGGUGCUUUUAUCGCAAUACAAGCACUAUGCCCACUUUCCCGAUACGCUCCAGGUCGUCGUGCAGAAUGCAGAAGAAGGUACGAUGGAUAAGAACAUGGAGCGCCGCUGCAAGUACCUCUCGCACCUGCCAAUGUCCUCCGACGUUACUUUUGUAGAAGUGGACUGGCCGCGCACCGAUGCGCUGUUUGCCGAGACGCAGGGGCAUGUGGACUGGAAGCAGUGGGACGACAUGCUCCAAGAGCGAAAGCAGCGGCGCUACGACAAAGCGACAAAGGAGGAGCGUGCGCGGAUCAAGGCCGAGAAAGGCGCUCGCUCGAGCAUGCCGUUUGUGCCGUCCAGGAAAUACUGCGGUACGACCGAUUUUUCAGAUGCAUACGUGCCUGGCAUGUCGUUCCGCGAAUCGGCCGUGGUCGGUGCGGAGAUGUAUUUUCCAACGCACCCGGGCGCCGACGCGGAGCCUGCUGACGAUUCACCGUUUCCCAUCAUGCCGACCGCGCCGAAGCAGGGCAAGAUGCAGCCGGUGCAAAAGACGGUGUGGGGAACGAUGGCUGCAGCUGGCGCCGAAGAAACGCUAGAGGAUGCGCACGAAAUGGACGAGGCAUGGACGGCGUUAGAGCAGGCACAACCAGAGCGCGGCGCACCGGUACCGUUGCGCAAGACGAACCAGAACCGGAAACGCGGAAAGCCAAAGCUGGUUCUCACAGGGGGAGGCCGGGGGAUGGGAUAG